AUGCAGCUCUCCUGCGGCAACGAUGCUGCGAAAACCCCCCAGCAAGAGGAGGUGGUGGCACCGUUGCCUGGGGAUGCCCACGACGACACAGAGCGCCACACGGAUGGCGCGGCGCCACGACGGCGCUUCCGAGCGGCACGGCGGCGCGAGCAGCCUCCGCAUGGGGGGGCAUUUGGCUCCACGCAGACGGACGAGCCCCCAAGGCAGCCGAGACAGCGCAUCAUACGACUCAGCACACUCGCUGCCGCUGUCAACCCGCUUCAUCGUUACUUCUCCCUUGCGGUACACAAUGGCAGCGCGGACGCGGUGCCGUUCUCUCCGCCGUGUCUUCGCUGCCCCUACUGCAAAGGUUGCCAGCUUCAUAUGCAGUUCUGUAGCGGGGCCUAUGGUAUGCGUCACCUCCUGGCGUGGAUCAUGCGGAGAAAACCACCCAUGGCAGGAAAGAGGAGAACAAUUGAGAUGUACUGCACUGCCGCGAACCGUGGUGUUGUUGCUUCUGCUGCUUCUUCACAGCGUCGUGUUUGCCGCUUCGAGGUUGGUCCUGUGGUGAUUACACGACACAUUAUUUAUGCCUCUAGGGAUCAAACAUUGGAGACAUUGGAUCGUGGAGGAACAACGGGAACUUUUGCCGGCAUGGUUUGCCCUCGACCGUUGAACUUCCUCGAUGUCUUCUUUGGUAUCUUCUACGGUACAACAGAAAGAGGGAGGGACACCUCGGGGUAUCAUAUUCUUCAGAUCACUGCUAUGCGUGCCGUGGCGGCGCAAGCACGGGCACUAUGGGAGAAGCUUACCUACUCGCCAGAGAGGGACACGGACGCUGUAACUAUACCUGCUGGGCAGUACAGGCCAAGGGACAAGAGCAUACCACCUCGUCGGGUACCAGUUGACUGGAGAUGUCCGGCGUUAUUCUUCUCGCUUCUGCCACGCGCCCAGGUGGGAAACAACGGCAUCACGUUUGUUCUGUGGCUUCCAGAGCUUGCUCGCCACAUCCUCACCGCGUAUGUCAUGGAGGAUGGCGAGUUCUGGCGUGCCCCACACACCUGCGGCCCUGAAUCAAAAGAAGAAGACACACCGCCCGAAGCACCACCACUGCAGCCAGAAGCAGCAAAAGAGGAAGAAAAAACUGAAACCGAAAGUGCAAAGAGCCCAGAGGUUCCUGAAGACGCAGCAGAGGCCCCUGUUUCCGGCGAAAAGUGGGAAGGUGAGGUGAAAUGUCGCCGCUGUUACGUCCCUGGCAACUGCUGGGGCCUCAUCUGCCGCCGCCACCGAGAGGAACGGGACAUCACAAACACUAUCCUACGCGUGCGCCGCGCAUGUGUCAGACGUAGAGUAGUGCGCCGAGCCAUUCUCGGCAACAGCGGUGAAUGGGGCCCCGAGCCAAACGGCGUUCUGUGGAUCAACAGGCACAAGGCACGUGCCCAAUUUAUGGCGCUGAUGGUGGCGUACAUGAUGAGAAAAACAGUUUGUGGGCCAUACAAGCAACGCCAUCUCACACCACCGCCAGCGUGCAAGACGGUAGCAGAGGGCACUGUCUAUUCGGUGUGA